AUGGCGCAAAGAGCGCUUCGAGAUGGUGACAACUACGGCCAUGUCUCCUCCACCCUGGCGACUUCCUACACCUCAUCGCACACCAUGCCCACACCCACACCCGACAUGACCGCGACGAGCGCUGUGCAAUGGCAAGUCGAGGCAGGCAGGACCCGCUGGCCUGGUGGCAAGAUAACGUGGGAGGACUAUCAGCAGAACACCGUGACCGAAACCGGGCUGGGCUCGACGGGCAAGGGCAUCUUGAUAGGAAUGCUCUCGGCUUUUGGGUCUGCUGCGCUGAUCGGCCUCGUCAUUGCCGUCAUCUACUUCUUCCGACACACCAGUCGAGGGCGCAUCUUCUUGGACCGGAUCAGCCGGCCGGGAGAAUUCGAUGAUGAACAGUCUUUCUUGCGCGAGGAAGAGGAGGCACUUGCGGACAUGGACGAUUUGCAGCGUUCAGAAUACUUCAGAGCGAAAGGUACGUUUUGAUGGCACGUUUUCGAGAGUAUACGGUAUGGCUAACACAGGCAACAGCAUUUGUCCAAGCGAACCCUCCCGAAUCCGUUCAAACCGACAUAUCAUUAUCACAAUUCUUGGCGAUUCAAGAGAAGGGCGUGUCAGCGUGGGAGUUUGAGCCGGAGUUGGAGAUUGCAAAUUGCUUCGUGGAGGCCAGGACCGAGAUUGAAUUCUUCGACUCCGAGUGUAGUGUGCAGACCAACCUGCCGAUUCCCAAACAAAACGAGGUAUACUACUGGGAGGCCAAAUUAUACGACAAGCCGGAUGCUACACUAGUCAGCGUUGGAGUAACAACAAAGCCGUAUCCGCUCUUCCGGAUACCAGGACUUCAUAAGUAUUCGAUCGCGUACACUUCGACGGGCCAUCGGCGAUUUAAUCAGGCUUUCACUCCUACCAGUUAUGGACCUCCGUACGUGCAGGGCGAUGUCAUUGGAGUCGGGUAUAGGCCGCGAACUGGGACCAUCUUCUUCACUCGCAACGGCAAGAAAUUGGAAGAUGUGGCCCAUGGACUGAAACUCCUCAAUUUCUUCCCCACGGUUGGAGCGAACGGGCCUUGCAAUGUCCAUGUGAACUUCGGUCAGAUGGGAUUUGUUUUCAUUGAAGCGAACGUGAAGAAGUGGGGAUUGGCUCCGAUGACCGGAAGUCUCGCUCCGCCGCCUCCCUAUGGAAGUGAAGCCGGCAGUAUCCUACUUGAAGGUGGCAGAGAGGGAGUCCGCGAAGGCCAAGCCUGGAUUCCUGGGCACGGUCGAACCAACAGCGCCCAGAUUCGAUUGCAGGGGAGGCCGACAAGGAGUCCUGGGCCGGAGAGGUCACCUACGGAUAUUUCGCUCGCUCAUUUCAAUCUCAUGGACUCGCAAGAGGAGCAGGAAGAGGAAGAUGUAGGAGAGGGAACAAGCGAAGCAGCCAGCAGCCAGCAUCUCAUCAAUCCUGGACUUCCACUCGAGCCCGCAGACCAUCCCCCUCCUGAGUACGAGAGCCCCGAAGAUGACGAUGGCGAAGAUUCCGAUACCACGCCGCGAGCCAGUGGCGCCCAUGGAUACGAAGAGCAACGACGAUUACUAAACAACAGCCCCCCUAUACCCACCUACGAAGCUGCUGUGAGCGACGUGAAGGCUGGCAGAGGGCGCAGCUCCACCCGGACUCGACCGCGAAGCGAGUCAUAA